AUGCAAAUCAAAUACAUUUCUCUUGGUUUACUCGUUGCCUUGGUAGCCUCUACUACUGCUUCUGACACUGUUCAUGUCUCUGAUCUGGAUGUCGCGGCCCACAACACUGCUUCCGGUAUCGCCAAUAAUGUCAGGGUCAAUGAUGUCCUCGGAAAUCUCCGUGCCAAUGUUGCCAACUCAAAGCGUGUCGUCUUGUCUCGUAGAGAUCUUGCCCGUGCUGCUCGCCGUGUACACCGUCGCAGUGAGAACGAGCCUGAUGAGGAGGAAGAAGAUGAAAAUGAGGCUGACGAGAAUGAAAACGAGCCUGAUGAAAAGGAAGCUGAUGAAAACGAGAAUGAAGCUGAUGAGCAUGAGGCUGACGAGAAUGAAAACGAGCCUGAUGAGGAGGAGGCUGAUGAAAAUGAAGUCAAUGAGAGCGGUUAUGCCAAGGCCUUGCGUCGCUAA